AUGACUCAGCUCUAUUUGUCUUUUGUUUGCUUGCUGGCGCUGGACUCAGCUUUUGGCGCCGCAACUCCAGCGCCCGACGUGAGAUGCAAAAGUGCGGACAUGUUUGGGAUCAUAGAGGUCGGUUGUUGGGGCUACAGGAAGUGUGUCAAUGGAGUUUACAUUGAACACAUUUGUCCGGACAAACAGGUCCUGGACAAGGAAACUGAACAGUGUCACGUUAGAGGGACGGGACACACAGAAUGCGAUAAGAACUCAGACUGUACGGGACUUCCCGAUGCUAUGUACAGUGAUUUAUUUGAUAAUUGCAGGUCCUAUUACCGAUGCUACGGAGGAAUAAACAUUGGCCAGUUUUACUGUAGUGGAAGUCUGGUGUUUAACGAACCCGUCCAGACAUGCGACUAUGCAUCAAACGUCCCCUCACCGUGCGGCACCAAACGUCCAGAAACCACAACAGCACCACCGACCCCCGCAGCACCACCAACAACAGCAGCACCACUAAUCACUUCGGCACAACCAACAACAGCGGCACCACCAAUCACUUCGGCACGACCAACAACACUGGCACCACCGAUCACUUCAGCACGACCACCAGCACCAUUAACCACUGUGUAG